UCGACUGAACGAGAUACGCUGCGGAAUUAGACGAGAAAAGUCGAUCUUAAAUUUUAAUCAGUAAUGGUUUGACAAAUGUGCAAACCUCAUUCCUCAUACAAGUUUUUAUGUGUUUUUGUGUUGUAUACCAGCAAAAUGUUCCUGUUCUGAAAAUAGAACAAUCACCUUAUUCAGUGAAGUGGACCAAAUAAACUGAAUCUCCAACAAUACUGUCAGACGAGAUGGAGGAUUCCGCAAUGUCGCCUCGACAAAAUCAUGGCGGACUUGAGACUCAAGCCAGAGCUAUUCUUCGGAAUCUCCAGAUCACCCAUGCAGAACAUCUAGCAAGAGCAUCCAAUCUUUUCGACAGCGAUGGUCGAGAUUCGGAGAGAAACGAAAUUUUGAAGAAAAAUAUAGAAACCGUUUCCAGCGGUAUAGCAGAGGCUCAAUCUAUAGUUGUGCUAUCGUCGUUCGCGCAAAUCUGUGAGCUUGAACAGAAAAAGUUACAAACAAGAAUUGGUCGUCUCCGUGAGGAGAACGCGUGGCUUCGUUCUGAAGUAACUGGGGCCCAACAAAAGUUGAUUAAAGCGAACCAAACUAUCGCUCAGUUGGAAGAGGAGAAAAAACAUCUGGAGUUUAUGGCAUCACUAAAAACGUACGAAGUCGGUGAGGCAAGCUCUGAGCCAAAAGUUGAAUCGCUGCAGGAAGUUCAAGAAUUAUUUGCUAGUAUUGAAUGUACGAGCAGCCACGUGGCUUACCGUCCGCGAACUUUGCAUACAUUACUUAUACAUUUUGCUUCACAACGACGUUACGAGGUCGCAGUUCCCCUUUGCAACCAAGCCUUGGUGGAGAUAGAAAAAACCAGAGGGCGCGAUAAUCCUGACUAUGCUACGAUGUGCAAUAUUCUAGCACUGAUGUACCGGGACCAGAACAAGUACAUAGAAGCCACCCGACUGUUGAGAGACGCUCUAGUAAUCCGGAAGAAAACUUUGGGAGAAAACCAUCCCGCCGUUGCCGCCACUCUUAACAAUCUUGUUGUGUUGUACGGAAUGUGUGGCAAGCAUGAAGCGGCAGAGCCUUUCGGGAAAGAAGCUCUAAAAAUUCGCGAGAACGCACUCGGAAAAGAUCAUCCCGAUGUUGCCAAACAGCUCAACAAUCUGGCGUUGGUGUGUCAAAACCUAAAUAAGUACAGCGAGGCGGAGAAGUACUACGUAAGGGCUACGAAGAUCUAUGAGGACCAAUUUGGUGUGGAUGACCCGAAUGUUGGUAAAACCAAGAAUAAUUUGGCUGGCUGCUUCAUAAAACAAGGCAGAUACAAGGCAGCUGAGUUUCUCUAUAAGCAGGUUCUGACUAGAGCGCACGAAAAACAAUACGGUGCAAUCAGCCAAGUCAACAAAUCCAUCUGGCAAAUUGCCGAGAACAGAGAAAUGCUCAAAAUAGAGGAUGCAGGAAGUAUCAGAUGGAGCAAAGGAGAAGGUGUGGAUUCCGCAGUUACAAUCGCAACACUGAAGAAUCUUGCUUGUCUGUACAGAAAACAGGGGAAGCACAUUGCUGCCAAUACAUUGGGGUAUUGUGUACUGCGGAGCAAAGUCGGUGCGAUUAACGCUAGCCCAAAAUAUAUAUCGAAGAAAGAAGAAGAAAGUUAUAAGAAGAAGGAGAAAUAGAAAGAAAAAAAGAUAACGCCUGAAUAAUUGUAUGUUCAUUUCAAGAUCAUAAAAUGCAUCUAAUCUGGCGAAGGUGAACCAUAAGGUAGAAGACGAAAGAAUCAUGAUGUGAGGCGUACCUGAUUUUUAAGCCGGACAACACAAAUCUAGUUUUUUUACUCUUA